GGAACUAGAGUUGUGUCAUGUGACUUCCGUCAGGACCGAUUAGCCACUGCACUGUUUAUAUUCCGCUGUAACCGGAAGUAGCUAAAAAUUUCUAUUUUUCUUUCAAAAUGUAUUCACACGGUUCAGAAAGUUUGAUUAAUCAAGCAAGAGAGAUCCAGGAGCCUGAGCUGCAGAAGUUUUACAGCAGGCUUGUGAAGCUGCUUCAGGUGAAGGAGCUCAGUCACGAGACUCUGGACUCUCUUCAGAGGCUACAGCUCAUCCUGUUUGCCAACAAAUUCACCAAAAUCCUGCCUGCAGAGCUCCAGCAGAAGUUACUAUCGCUCCUUUCAUCACCCGCAGAGCAGCUUCAGGUUCUGGGCUCUGCUGUUCUUAGAGAGACACUGCCCCCCUCUGGCCAGGAGCUGAACUUCUCUGAGGAGAACCUCAGUCAGCUGAACACUCAUGCUGCUGCUCUGCUGCUCUCACAGGCCAGAUCCAGGGCCGAUCUGUCAAAUCUCUGCGCGCAGCUCAUCCGUAGUCUGGAGAGCCGACCAUCAGAAGGGCCGACUCAGUCGCUCAUGUUCACCCUGCCAGUUCUCAACACCGUGUUCACACUCAGCCCAGAGUGCCUCACUGAAGAUCAUGUGACCCUCCUAAGUAAAAAGCUUGUUGAUUGGCUGCGUUACGCGAGCAUCGUCCAGGGAGGCGGCGCUUCCUCAGGAGGAUUCUUCGCUGGACCCAGAUCUCGUCAGCCGCUGCCGAUAGCCGAGCUGGAUGGCUCGGUUUCGGGGGAUUUCUUCACCGUGCUCUGCGUGGGUCAGGGAUUCACCGAGGACCAGUGGAUGAAUGUUUACGCCUUCUCCAUGCUGCGCCACUGGCUCCUCACCCACCACUCUGUCUCCAACACGGCUGUGGAUGCUGUCAACAGACUCCAGUUCAGCCUCUCCCUGUCUCACUCCUUCUCUAACGAUGAUCGGUCGGAGGUGGAGGGCUCCGUGGUUUCCAUGGUGUCAGUAACUUCCUCCUCCAGCCGCCUGCUUCCUCCAAAGGAGCGUCUGAGAGAGAAAGCCUUCCAGUACUGCCAGCGGCUCAUCGAGCAGUGUGAUCGCAGGGCACAGAAGAAGGCAGACUCAGAGCUGCAAAAAGCGUGUCUGGUGGAGGCCGUGUGUAUCCUGGACUGUGUGUGUGCUGAAGACGCCUCCAUGGUCUACCGGGCCUUCCCCUGUAUGAAGGCUCUGUUCGGUCGUCUCAGCUCAGACCUGUCCUUCGCCAGAGUCCUUCUGCCCAUCGCUCAGUUCUACCUCAACCACGGUGAGAUGGACACCGUGGACUGUGAGAGGGUGUGGAAGCUGGUUUUUGGUCAGUUUCCUGCCGAGCUCUUCAACGACGCCUUCCUCGCCUACGAGCUUCUGCGCUUCCUCCGACUCAACCUGGAGAAUAUCCAGAGUCGAGCUCCUGAGUUCGUACAAUUCUUCCCAAACUUCCUGAAGUUUUUAGCGUGGGACAGUCCAGCUGUGGUGGAGGACUUUGUGGAUCUGCUGCCCUCUCUGGUCACCACAGGAACUGCAGUAGAGCUGCUCCAUACUCUCCUGGAUCUGCCCUGCCUCGCUGCCACUCUGGUCCUACAGCUCAGGUCAACGUGUUUGCCCAUCGCAGAUCCAAACAGUCGAGGACUUCUGUCCCUGGAAGCAUUCCGAAAUCCCGCCUUCAGAGGACUUUUCCUGUUUCUGCUCCGAGCGCAGGCUGGCUCUGGUGACACCAUCGACCGACUGAGCACGCUCCACGAGCUGCUGGCCGAGGCAGCUGAUUGGCCGAGAGUCGUUCGGUGUGCUCAGACCGUCCCGGUCCUGCUACACGUUUACUUCAACACAGUUGUUAAGAUGGACGACAGAAAGCUCUUGGCCCAUUUGGUUCUGGUGAUGCUGGAGCGAAGCAGCCUCCUCCUCAGAAUUCCCUCCUACAGCAAAGAGAUUCACAGGGUGUUUAGCUGCCACCUGAGGAGGCUGUGUAAGCUCCACCCCUCUCUGGUAGUGGACCAGUCUCACGAGCUGCUGGAGUUUGCUGGAGCCACAGCCAACGUCUACAACAAAGAGGAGGUCUACACUCACGUGGUGUGGGUGCUGGGGGAGUACCUGUCGGUGUCGUCUGACUCCCGCUGCUCCGUCAAACUCAUCACUUCCUGUUUCGAGGCUUUAGAGGCGGUGCUGUUUGAAAUCACGUCUUCUACCCCACCCCCUGGGACAAUUUGUCCUGCCCCUCGUGUCAUCACCACUCUGAUGAGCGCUCUGGCUAAACUGGCAUCUAGGUCACAUGACCUCAUUCCCAGGGCUUCUCUUUUCCUUUCCAAACUGAGAACGGUGAGCAGAAACGGAUCAGUCGCCUGGUGUGCUGAUGAAGAGGACCUUGUUGCCAUAGUAACGCGGGGCGAAGAGCUGUGGUCGCUGCUGAAAGCCCCUGGCGUGGCUCAGAGCGUCUUGACGCCCCCCGCCUACGUCACCACACCGCGGUGGCACAGGGACACUAGUGUGGCCAUGCCGCUGCAACUGCGAGCUCUCACUAGCCUCACGCACUCACAGUGACACACGCCUUUACCAUCAUCACCAUCGUUACCUGGCACGGUCACCCGCCUGCACCCAGAAAUCUGACUCUUGACUCUACUUGAUUUUUGCACUUUAGUUUUGUAAAUAAAUGAUGGCAUUCAGCCAAACACCUGUC